GACUUUUGGCUUUUGGCUGAGAAAGUCUGUACCUGCAUUACUGCCAUGAAGCUCCCCGCCAGGUAAUACCAGGCAACUUGACUGGCCAAUAGAAUCAGACAACAUCACACAAUCGUUGAUGUUAAGCAUCCUUGUCUAGGCAGGUGGUCGUCAACGGUCUCAAUGCCAAGAGAGGCGCUAGAUCUUAGUCCAUCUUUCAAAAGCCUUCAUUCGGACUCCACUUUUCUCUACUAAACCACCGCAUCUUAUCACCAACUUGAUCCUCAAACGACACCACUGUCGCGACUAUACACUGUCAAUCAUUGGCAGACCGUAAGUAGAUUACUAGUCCUUGGUUGAAUUAUCGUCCUUGGAUCUACAUCAACGUGACGAGCUCUCAUCCAAUUCCCAGAAAUACAGGCCGAAAUCCAUCCAAUUACUUAUGUAAAAGUAACCAAGUAUUGUGCUGAUCUACCGGAUUCCAAAUAAACUCAACCGGCAACGCCUUUGGGGGGACUACCAAUCAGCUUCACAAGCAAAUUCAAAUGAUUCCCCGGUAGAAGGCAUACCAGAAUAUUGCCAAUUAACAGCUUCGUUCGGUCGCACAGCACAGCAUGGCGCAGCAUCCAUACAACUAAAAGUUACAGAUAUUGACCACCUGGGUAGUAGUAUUGUAUUUCUUAGUCGGAGAAAAAGAUUUCAUAUUGACCACACAAGUGUGUGAAAAGACCCGAGGAACUCAACUCCAUCAUGAGCUACUAGACAGACGUCUGGCUCUAACACUUCCUCAAAACUUUCUUGACAGCCACUCUCAGAGGAUCUAUUGAUCAUCAUGAUUUAGUAUCAUCUAGAUCUGGUACUUCAAGAACAGACAAGACUUCUUCAGAAAUUAUAUCUAUGCUAAGAACUACACCAGACAGAUUCGCGCACGCCCAGAUCUUUUGAUUCAAAAAAUUGUGGCUAUAUUCGAUAAUGACCAGAAGUUUAAAUCUCACUUUCUCACACCUUUAACUUUGUCGUUCCAACAUUGAUCACUGUGAACAGGUGUCUCACUCCUUCAAUCCUUAUUCUUUUAUUAUCUCAUCUUCGUUAUACCAGUGUGAUUGUACAAGGGCACUCACAAAGUUCCUGCGACGGUCUUCAGGUCCCCGAAAACUCUUGACACACUCUCUUCACUCGUAUCACAAAGUAACACCUUUCCACGUUUCUGUAACGUCAAGGUCGGACUUAACAAUAAUUGUAAAAUCUUCCUUCCAGACUCAAUCGCAAAAUCCCCGACAAGAACUCCCAACAUCUCCAUUUGACUAUCAAGGACAUCAUCAAGAUGGGUUUAGGAAACUAUUUCAAACCGAAGAAGCCUGAGCAAAGGCCUGGCGCUGGAUCUUCUACAGCCAACGAGAAGCAAGCUCCUUCCAUGAAUCCACAAACAGGCAAUAAUUCCACGCUGCUUCAACCUCUAAAUAACCACCUUGCUUCUCAAUCUUCGACAAGAACUUCCACCUCGAAUCAAUCAAAUGCUGGCUCAAACUUAAUGAGUGGUAUAAAACAUGAGAUUAUGGUCAACUAUCUUCACCAACAACAAUGCGCAAAUCUCUGGGUCAGUGAUGACAGUGGCGACUCUGAAGGAGUUUUACUUAGGAAAGGAAGAGAUUCAUAUUUGACUUGCCCGCAACAAUUAGAAAGGUCUCCAUUUGCUACGGCAUGUUCAAGUCUUAAUGUUCAUUGCGCAAUGACAGUAAAUUCUCGAGUCAUCAAAUCUUUUCUAGAUUGCUCGCCAGAGGCUAUCGACGUCCCACUUAUGAAUGGUCUCAGGAUACAGAUUUUACCAGCCAUGGAAGAUUUACCCCGCGCGAGGAAACACCAAUUUGCUGCAUUUAUUGCAUCUGAGGCUUUGCUAGUUGUGUGGGAUGAUGAAGCAUUGAGUUUAAUCGAUCGAGCAAAGAAUAUUCAAUCAGAAUUAAUGGAACUGGUAUGGAAACUCGAGGAAGAAACGGAGGGAGAGAAGAAAACCCCAGAUGCUACCAGCGUAGAACUUGAUGCAGAAACCGGCCGACCUCUUCCACAAACGCGUGCACUACACUUGCAAAACACAAUUCUGGUUACUCUUACUCUCAUCUUGAUCAUUACAACUCUGGGUCUUGGUGUCCGUCAGAUAUCCAUCGAGACCAGUGUCGAUAAAAAUUAUGCUCGUUUUGCACUCCUCAUUUUAAGCCCCAUUCAGGUGUUUUUCACUCUUUUCUUCGCUCAAGCCAUCGUUGGAUGUCUGGCUCAGCUCUUCGGACCCGUGCGACAAAUGAGAGCCAACUCCAAGUUUUACUCGGCCAUAGCACCACCGCGUAUUCUCAAAUCGGAUCUUCCGCACAUCACAAUCCAAUGCCCAGUCUAUAAAGAGGGACUGGAUUCCGUUAUUGCACCCACUGUGAAAUCAAUAAAGCAAGCCAUUUCCACAUAUGAAUUACAAGGUGGUUCAGCCAACAUGUUCAUCAACGAUGAUGGUCUUCAAAUUCUCAGUGCGAAGGACCGACAAGCUAGAAUUGACUUUUAUGCUGAUCACAGCAUUGGAUGGGUUGCUCGUCCAAAGCAUGGAGACAACUUCACCAGAAAAGGAAAAUUCAAGAAAGCCUCUAAUAUGAACUUCGGACUUCAUAUUUCUUGUAUGGUUGAGGAAAAGUUGGCUUUGAUUCAAAGACCUUUGGAUUGGACUCAAGCAGAUGAAGCACAAGCAUAUGGAAGAUGUUUGACGGAAGCUUUAGAAGACAAUGGCCGUGCAUGGGCAGAUGGAAAUAUUCGCAUUGGUGACUACAUCUUGUUGAUCGAUUCUGAUACGCGUGUCCCCGAGGAUUGUUUAUUAGAUGCUUGCACUGAGAUGGAAAUGUCUCCUGAAGUUGGAAUCAUUCAAUUCUCAUCUGGUGUUAUGCAGGUCGUCAAUACUUAUUUCGAAAAUGGUAUCACUUUCUUCACGAACUUGAUUUAUACUGCUAUUCGAUAUACUGUUUCAAAUGGAGAUGCUGCUCCCUUUGUUGGUCACAAUGCUAUUUUGCGCUGGUCAGCCAUUCAGCAGGUUUCGUAUGUGGAUGAGGAUAAAUAUGAAAAAUUCUGGUCGGAAUCUCACGUUUCUGAAGAUUUCGAUAUGUCUCUUCGCCUUCAAGUUGAUGGGUACAUUAUUCGCUUGGCUGCAUGGGCUGGUGAUGGAUUUAAAGAGGGUGUUUCAUUGACCGUUUAUGAUGAACUUGCUAGAUGGGAGAAGUAUGCAUAUGGUUGCAACGAACUUCUCUUCCAUCCAUUGCGUAUGUGGUUUCACAGAGGACCAUUCACUCCCCUCUUCCGAAAAUUCUUGUUCUCCAACAUCCGAUUCACCUCGAAGAUCACAAUUAUCUCAUACAUCGGUACCUAUUACGCCAUUGGAGCUGCCUGGAUCUUAACCACAGCCAACUACUUCGCUAUCGGAUGGUUCAACGGCUACCUUGACAAAUACUACAUCGAUUCCUGGAAAGUCUGGUUCUCCAUCGUCAUCGUAUUUAACGGUCUUGGAAAUAUCGCACUAGCAGGAAUGCGCUAUCGAGCCGGCGAGCGCAGUCUCGGCUUCUCCCUGUACGAAAACUUCAAAUGGACGUUAAUGUUGGCCAUCUUCCUCGGUGGCCUCUCACUCCACGUUUCCCAAGCCCUCCUCUCGCACAUGUUCGGAAUCGACAUGAACUGGGGUUCCACAGCCAAAGAAUUAGAAUUCAGUAACUUCUUCAUGGAAGUCCCAAAGGUCUUGAAGAAUUUCAAAUACUCCAUGAUAUUUUCCCUCGUCAGCAUAACCGGAAUUGUCAUCCUGGCUACUGCUCCUUUCAUCCCGUACGAUUGGCGCAUUCAGGAUUUCGUGGCCAUUUUACCCAUGGCUACAGUGGCGGGGAGUCAUUUACUUUUACCUCUGGCUUUGAAUCCUGCGCUUAUGACGUUCUCGUGGUGAGUGUGUUGUAGAGGUUCAAUGUUUGUGUUAUUUGCUUGGUUUGAGAGUAUGGCAUGGCGCUAUAGGGUUAAAAGAUGGUACGGUUUCUGGUGUUUGUGGUGUUUAUAGGGAGGGUGCUUGAAGGGUGUUUAGUUAUGGGUUAGAUAUAUUAGUUAAUUAUCGCCAAUUUGAUAAAUAAGUAAUCGCAUGAUUCUAAUACAGAUUGUCUUAUAUAUGGGGAUGUAGGGUAUAAAUGCUAUUUACAAUUUAAAAUUUUGCAUAGCUGGAAUCA